GUUUGGCGGUACCAGUUGUUUAUUGAUGCCUCCAAUUGAAGUUCUUUCUUCGCCUCCGAAAGCUCUCAACUUUCAAAGUUCCUCUUAUGAAGCUGUGAAAUUCAAUUACUGUAGUUUACCUCUCUAUAAUGUGCCUCGGUAAAUUCUCCACUAUAGUUCGUCAGUUGUGAUGCCUAGAUCCUAACCAUUGCAUAUUGUUGACUUCUCCCAACCACAACCACUGUCUUUUCAUUUACAUUUUUGCCGAUGUAAUCCUGAAAUUUCUCUCGAAAAUUAAGUAUUAAUCUCAUGAUCAUGAGUGAUAAUCCUGGUGUUAGUUUAUUCCAAGGAAAUGAAGAGUUGGAAAUCGAAACAAAUACACAGAGACUGGAGGAACAGGAAGCUCUUGAGGAUGAGAGACGAAGGCAAGCUGAGAUUGGAAAUGCCAUCGCCUCAGCAUUUGAAGAUCUGGAGGAUGAAGAUGAUCUCAAAACAAGUGAUAGUAGUUUUAGCAGUUCUCCUAAUCAGUAUGAUCCUCCUCAGUAUUAUGAGCAUUUGAUGAAUAACAAUGUGAAAAAGAACACGCAAGACAACUCGGAACCAAGACCAUACAUGAAUGGAGGGUAUCACAUCAAGGACCUCCAAGGUAUUAUCGAUAACAGCCACCUGUACAUAACUCAGCCUCCAGCAGAGCAGUAUCAAAAAAAGCACGCUUUCGAAAAUGGACACAUUUCACCAGAGACAUUCCAGCAGCCAGACCAUACCAACACGCAUCAAAAUUUUUACAAUCAAAACUAUGGGGAUGAAGCUAUCAAUUCAAAACAACUGGAGGUUCUCUAUGACAUUAGGCUGAAAGAAAUCGACCGUCUGGAAAAUGAACUUAAAUCUGUCAGACACGAGUUUGAGGCUGAGAAGAACAAACUUUUACGGAAAGCAACUUUAAUGGAAGCUGAAAAAGAAAAGGCUGUGAUCGCCAGGAAUUCUGCUCAAGAAUUGUUGGUGGAAAGUAAGGAAAAAAUCUCCAACUCUCAGAAAGAAAUUGAAUCUCUCAGGAUAAGUUUAAAAAGUGCUGAACAGAGCAAAAAAGAGUUAGCCAAAGAGCUUCAAAAGUCGAUUUUAACCGUUGAUGACCUUCAACGCAGAUUAAAAGCCAUGGAGUCUUUCAAUAAGAAUGAUGUAAAGCAAACAGACGAUAUUGUGAAAUCUCUCAAAUCUAAGCACGAACAUGAGCUAAGUGAGUUAUCACGGAAGUAUGAGUCAGUCAAACAGGAACUGGAAACAAAGAGGAAGGAUGUUUCAAGGUUACAACGUACCAUCGAAGAAAUGGAUAAUAAACACACAAAAAUGUUACUCGAGAAAACGGAAACUAUCAAUAAAUUAAGUCAAAGUUUAGAGAAAAGCCAAUCUCAGUGCCAGCAAUUGAUGACUUCCAGUAUGUCUACAGACAGUGGUUACCUUCAAAAAAUUCUCGACCAGACCAACAGAGAGAAAAGGGAACUCGAACAGAAAGUGCAGAAUCUGAGCAGUGAAUGUGAGAUGCUUCGCACAGAUCUAGUAACAUACGAAAAUAGCAUCAAAUAUGGUAUUGUGCAAUUUGACUUGUCCAAACAAGACAAAAAUGACUCAAUAGCAUUACUGGGAUUAGGCGAAAACAGUUAUAUCGACACCUCAAAUGAAUCGAAUCGUGGUUUUAAAGACGGCUCAAAAGUCGGUGACGAUAGUCCGAUAACCAGACUGCGAGGUGAAUUACAUCGAUCAAUGAUUGCAAAUAAAGCAAAACGUAAUAAAAUCACUCAGCUAGAAACGAAACUGCGUGCAGCAGAAGGUCAGAUUGAAAAUCUGAAGCAGGAAGAGGCUAAAUAUUCCACACAGAACAAAAACCUUCUGGAAAACAUUCAUAAAUUGACGGAGCAUAUUAAUGCGAAGGAAAAAGAAUGGCAAGAAAAAGAAGAUCAAAGCGAGAGAAUAUUGCUGUACGAGAAGCAGCUACGAGAGAAAGAGGCUAAAAUCGAGCAGCUGAAAGAAGAAAUCAAGAGUGUCCGCCUCGAUUUAGAGAUGAAGAGCAUGGAAGUAGAGACGCAGAAAAGUAAAAUUAGCAACGAUCAGUUUAUGCUCCGAGAAGAUGCAGUCGCUAGGAUCAAAAGAGAUGUCUCGUAUGAGAAAGAGAAGAUAAUUAAACAACUAGAACUUCAGCUAGAUCAACUCAGAACGGAAUUAGAUGAAGUGAAAGAGCUUUAUACAAUUGCAUGCGCGGAUAAGAAACUCUUGCAGGAAGAGAAGCUGAAUUAUUUGAAGCAAGUCAGUGAUAUUUCAGCGGAGAGAGAAGCCCUCUCCAAAAAGCUUGAUCUAAUCAACAAGGAAAAACAGCGACUUCUCCAGCAGGUGGAAGAUCUGAUGACUGCCAAAAUUAACUUGUCAAAACGAAUUGAAUCACUUGACCAUGGUGCUGAUUCAAAACUGAAAGAGAGACUUCAAGAAAUGGAAAAAACUCAUCAAAAGGCACUGCAGGAGGUGAGAGAGCAAGUAAAAGAGCAGACGAUAAGUUAUUUUGCUGGGAAAAUGGAGCAGCUGGAAGAUAGUUACAGGGCACGACACUCUCAGAUUGUUAUGGCUCAGAAGAAGUUGGAGGUCCAAUUGGAACAGAGGCUAAGAGAGAUUGAGGAGUUGAAGAAAGAAGUCAACGAAAGUAAAAAAGAAAAGGAGAUGGUCGAAAAAGUGUUAAAGAAACGGGUUGAUGAGUUGAGUGAGCAGAUUGAGGCUGAACGAGAAAAAGCUGCCGAGUUCCUGUCAACAUGGACUAGAGAAGUCAGUGAUAUGCAAGCGGAAACAUCAGAAUUCAAGCAAGAGCUAGAAAAACUGAGACCGAAGUAUCACAACCUGAAGAAAGCAGUGCAUGUUUAUAAAACGCGGGCUGAAUAUUUUGAAAAGAAAGCAAAAGAAGACCACGACAAGCUAAAGAAAUCCUCCGAGCUUAUUGAGCAAAAAUACAAAGCUAUGAUCAACAAAAAAGAACUAGAGAUCGAAGAAAAACUUCACCAGCUAGAAGAAGUGUACCAAGAAGCUGUUGGAACUCCUCCCUUAACAAGAACACGGAUAUCAGCAGGAGAUAACGUUGUAACGAACGAUGGUUGAAAUCGAAUUGAUUGAUUCCUUCAAAAAUUGUUAUAUUUUUAAGUUAACUAAACUUUAUUGAAUUUUACUGGCACAGGAAGUCCUCACCAGGGUUGCCACGGUCAGAAUUAUCCGGGAAAGUCAGGUUUGGAAAUGUCAAUGUAAACUGGGGAACAUCAGUGAAAAAAACAGGAGUGGCUAGGAAAAAUGGUUAAAUCCCUAUUUUUUGCUUUCUAGGAUGUGUUUGGUGUCUGAACAGCAAAUUUUGCAUGUUUGCGUAUGGAAACAAGGAAUUGUAACCAUUCCAAAUACUUUUAAAUGUCAGAGAAUUUCUUUUUUCAAUUUCUGUGGCAACCCUUGAGUAGGAAGAGUUAUGAAUUUUGGAAAAUUUCAUUUUCCAUCAUCAGAGUCUGAAAAUUUGAGACCAUUCAAGAAAAUGAAGAAUUUUAAGGAGGGAUUUGAAGACUGAUGCUUUCGGAAUGUAGAUCAGACAAUGUCAUACUGACAUUGCUGCAUUUUUUCUAUCCAUUUCCAGUGCAUAUUUCGAAGAGGCUCCUCAAAUAAGAUUGAAUGCAGCCCUUAGUUGCCAAUCACCCUGCCUCAAUGCCUGAAUGUAAAAAAUAUGUUUAUCAAUCACAACGUUUGAAAGCUCCCAUUUUUUUUAUUUUCCUUAAGGGAAACUAAUCAAAAUGUUUCCUCACAAUUCUAUGUGAUUUUUUUAGAAUGAGUGAAGAAAAUUCACGAAUUAUUUCAACAGAAACUGUUUGGUUAAUUUUCCUUUUAAAAAAUAAAACACAAGCGAAGGCUUAUGUCGCAAUCUGAGGUAUGCAUUUUUCAGCUAUCAGUAUCUUUUUCUAUUGGGUUUUUCCAAUUCAGAGAAAGUACAGAGGUGAUGCAAAACUUCCACUCAUAGGCCUAACUAAAAACUCAUAAAUAGUGGAACAAGUAUUGUGUAGUUGUGAAGCUAGCAUAUCGACAAAAGAUCAUUAUAUAAUUUGCAUUGUUUGAUGGUAAAGCAAUGACAUUUUUCCCAUUUUUCUCACAUAAAUUGUUCAGUCCAUAUCUAAUAGUUUAGAAGCAUAUCGACAAAAGAUCAUUUUAUAAUUUGCAUCGUUUGAUGUUAAAGCAAUGACAUUUUUGCCAUUUUUCUCACAUAAAUUGUUCAGUCCAUAUCUGAUAGUUUAGAAAACAUUGAAAUGUAAAGGAACUUUUGAAUUUUUAUUUUUGUAACUCCAGACAUUUUAGAGUUUCUUAAGAAUAUUGAAGAACUUUCUCUCAGAUCAAAUGUUAUUAAAUUAAUUCUUGCUAUCGGAAUAAAAAUUAAGUUCUGAAGAAAAAAAUUGAUUCUGAAUAAUUAAAUGCAAGAGUCUGACCUUGUAAUUAGCAGAUCAAAUAAAAAAAAGCUCAUUUACAUACAAAUGAAGCGUAAACUAUCCUGACAUUCAUUAAAAUAUUCCAGAAAUUGUUUCUUUUCUUUUGUUGCAUUUGUGAUUUUAUUGUUUUUUUAUCUUUUUCUUCCGCUUUUAUUAAGUUCAUUCCAGUAUUUUUGUUUUAUAGGCUUAUAUGUGUAUACUUUGUAUAGUGAUGUUAUCUUUUUUAGUGCCUAAUAUUAUAGUACAAAAUUCAAUGAACCUAAAGUGAAGACAGCCAAUGUUGAUAGUAGAGCUACAAUUGAAUCUCACUAUGAUCGAGUUCAACAGAAUCGCAUUAAGUCGCAUCAAGUUUGAACCAAGGAAAGGUCUGAAGUUUUGUUCCACAAUAAGAUGGAAUGUUAACUAAGGUUAACGACUAUCCACGUGUUCAAACAUUUUUGACGGGGGAAAAUUUAUGUCUAGCUGAAUUCCAAAUCACUCCAAAAUGCGACUGGAUGUGUUUUUGUUGAACUUCAUCUAUUUCAACCUCUGUAAACUCGCAUGAAUGUUACAGCUGCGCUUUCAUAGCUUUAAUUGUAAAAAAAAAAAAAAACAAAAAACAAAACAUAGAUCUCUCUCUUGGACUUUACACCAUAAUUUUCAAUUUUUAAUUACCUUUUUUGGUUAUUUUAAUAUUCUUUGGAAAAAAGAGAGAAAAACAUUAUUGAUUGUUUAAAAUUUUACCAGUGAUGAUGCAUCUCUUUUCAUAGUAUUAACAAAUAGAUUCCUGUACAUUUAAAAGUUUGUAUGACAUCUCAUGUGCUUUAAAAGAAAAUAUGAGAAUGAUAUGUGAUUAAUUGCAAAAUAGUUAAUACUGGUAGGGAUUACUAUGUAGUAAUAUUGUUUUCAGUCAACGCAGUUUUCCGGACCUUCUUUCUAUUAUUGGUUAAAAUAUUGAUUGUACUUAAAAACUAGUGAAAAAAUACAACUGACUUUUAAGAAAAUUGAAAGUUUGCAACAAUCAUACUAUAGGUAAUCAUAAGAAGUGAAACUUCAGUGAUCAUGGUAUUGAAAAAUGACUGUUGAUGUUCCCUAAAAUAAAUAAUCUAUUCUGAUGCAAAUCGACACUGAAUUUAAGCUGAUAGUUACAUAAUUUUCUUUGUGGAAUCGCAAGUUUCUAUUAUUAGCAGACAAUGAAGUAUAAUCCUCUGCAUUCAUUUUCCAAAUUUAUUACCUGUAGCGAAUUCAACAAACCAUCUCAAACCGAUUGUGUAUUAAAAACUAUCAACCUUAGCUAUUAUUCAUGAGGGACUCGAUAUAAAUAAAAAAUUUAAUGGCACAUGGUGCCAUUCUAAAGAAGACAAUUAACGCCGCAUGAGUUUUUAGAUGUUGCCAAAUUUCCCUUGAUAAAAUACCAAUUUCUUACUUCUACUUACUUUUUAUUUAUUUAUUUAUCAAUUUCUAUUUUUCAGACGAUUUUCUGUACAAUUUAAUAAAAAGGACUUAAAAUUUUCACGGAAAAAUAUUCAUAAAUUUCCUUGAAACUCAGUAUUUUAUCUCGAGAAAUCUGGCAACCGCCGACUGUUCAAACAGCGUUUUUCCAUAGUGCAGCAGCAUGGAUAGCGUGAGAAUGGGCCUAGAAGGGGUCCUAGCCUGUCCAUUUUGUCAAAACGCAAGGGACUGAAAAGGCUAAUUUUUAUACUUUUUUCAAUUUUAGCCCUCUCAUUCUUGGAUGUAAGAGCUAAAGCGUCAAGUUUUAAAUUUCAGAUCUCCUGCAUUGCCCUUGUAAAGGUAUUUACAAUGUCUUCCCCACAUCAUUCGGACUAAGUUCAUGUCACGAUUCAUUUUUUAGGAUCUGUGUCUCUAUGCAGACUGACAUGUGCGUUUACGAAUGAAAAUUCUAAUUAAACCAAAAUCAUGGCAAUAGUAAAUGAAGUAAAGCUAGCCAGAGAGGCUUACUUGCGGUUACCAAAUUUCAUCUAGCAAUAUACUUGAAUGACUAUUUUGUCUCAUGUGCAUGUUUUGUAUAUUUUGAAAAUUUCAGGGAAUUUUCACUAAACCAACUUAAAUUUCCAAACAAUAUUGAUAGACAUCUUUCCAUUCUAAGUAAUUUUUGGAUGAAAUUUUGUUGCAAUGUUGCGAUGCAAUUAAGUCUCUUAAGCUCCUAUCCUCUUCAAUGAUCAUUACUGUUCAAAGUGUUAAAAAAGUUUCUGCAUUGCCCAUGACUCCGAAAAUUUACAUUCCCCGAUUACAAAACUGAAUGAUCCGUUUCAUCCAAGUUUCAUCAUAAGAUUUUUUGGUAUCAGAAUGUAUUGUCUGUAAGCAAUGCUAAGGCAUGGGCAGAGUGACAACUGUCCACAGCUGAAAAUUUCAUGUAAAUUAGGUACCUUAUUAAUUGUAAAUGAUGGUAAAUUAGCUUGUUGUUUUUUUCUAUUUUUUCAAAUUAUUUUUCCUACCUCUAAAAAAAUAUGUACAAGAAUAAAAAAAAAGUUAAAUUUGA